GAGGCCACGUGGGUUGCUUUGCGGAUGGGAAUUUCGAAUCCAAUAUGGCUGAGAAGAAAACAACUGGAGGACAGAUCCUGCUGCUUUUCCUGAUCAUCGCAGUAGCUUUCACACAUUUGGCCGUUUGCCCAUUUACAAAAGUAGAGGAAAGCUUUAACUUGCAGGCCAUCCAUGACAUUGUGUACCAUAAAUUGGACCUGGAGAAGUAUGAUCAUCAUGAAUAUCCUGGAGUUGUCCCAAGAACAUUCCUUGGUCCAAUAUUUAUUGCUCUGCUUUCCAGCCCAGCCAUCUAUGUGCUAUCUCUGUUGCAGAUGUCUAAGUUUUACACGCAAUUGAUAGUUCGCGGAAGCCUGGGGCUGUGUGUUACUUAUGCCUUGUGGCGGUUGCACAAAGAAAUCAGGAAGCAGUUUGGUUCAACCGUGUCUGUGGUUUUCUGUCUGAUCACUGCGACUCAGUUUCACCUGAUGUUUUAUUGUACUCGGACCCUCCCCAACGUGUUUGCCCUUCCUGUUGUUCUACUGGCAGUUACGUCAUGGAUACAGCAAAGGCAAUUCCCAUUUAUCUGGUUCUCAGCUUUGGCAAUUAUCGUCUUCAGAGCCGAACUCUGUAUCUACCUGGGCCUGAUGCUUCUAGUGACCCUGUUCAAUAAACGACUCUCUAUUCUGAAAAUGCUUUCCUAUGCCAUUCCUGCUGGAGCUUUUUGGUUAGGAUUAACAGUGGCCGUAGACUCUGUGUUUUGGAGGCAAGUUCUGUGGCCUGAAGGAAAAGUACUGUGGUAUAACACUGUUUUAAAUAAAAGUUCCAACUGGGGUAUCUCCCCUUUCAUGUGGUAUUUUUAUUCUGCCUUGCCUCGAGGUCUGGGGUGUAGUAUUCUUUUCAUACCACUAGGUGCAGUAGACAGAAGGACCCGAGUGUUGAUUCUACCAACGAUUGGCUUUAUUUACUUGUAUUCGUUUCUGCCACAUAAAGAACUUCGGUUUAUCGUAUACACUUUUCCAGUUUUCAACAUAGCGGCUGCCAAAGGCUGCUCACGAAUACUAAACAAUUAUAAGAAAUCUUGGCUAUAUAAACUGGGAUCUCUCUUUGUUGUAGUGCACCUGCUAGCAAAUGCAGCUUACUCUGGAGUGUCGCUCUACGUAUCACACUUCAAUUAUCCUGGAGGAGUUGCAAUGCAAAAACUGCACCAAUUGGUGCCUCCAAGCACACAUGUUUCUGUCCACAUUGAUGCAGCCUCAGCACAAACUGGAGUGUCUCGAUUUUUAGAAGUCAAUUCAAAUUGGAAGUAUGACAAACGGGAAGACCUGAGACCAGGUGACAAGCUCAUGUUCUCCUACACACACAUACUUAUGGAGAUGGACCCUGUUCAGAUGAUACAUUACAAGACGACCCACCGCAUACUUGCACACAUCCCUGGGACUACUGGGAUUACGUUGAAUUUCACCAUAUUACCUCCAUUUACUUUAAACUUGAAAUCCAGACUAGUAUUAUUGGAAAAGCUUCCUACUUCAUCAGGACCAUAAUU